UAAUUAGACUUUAAACAUUUUAUAAAAGCUUUCUUAUAAAAGUGAUGUUUCAGCUGAACUCUGAAAAAUGAACAGCUUUUAAUUAGUUGUAGAGAAGAGACAGAGAAGAACACGGCAAGUAUUUGGAAUAGAAUAUGCAAAGGUCCUGUGGUGAGUCAAGAGACAAUUGGAAAUUGAAGGCUAUGAUGGCUGCAGUAAGAUGGGAAAAGAGGGAUCAGGGGCUAGAAGUUGCAAGGCUUCUGAAGGAGUUUUUAUUCUGAAAGCACCUGGAAAUUAUUGAAAGCUUUCAAGCAAGUUAGUGGCUUAGUUUUUGUUUUGAAAUGAUCCUUCUUGCUUCAGCAUGUGGAACAAAACCGCAGUAAUACAGCAUGAGAGGAUACAUGGGGAACAGUUGUCUAAGUGAAAGAACAGGGGCUGGGGUUCUUAUGGUAGCAGUGCAGGAAGCAUGAAAUGGCUACACUCCAGAUUUAAAAGAGAGAACUUGUCACAGGAUUUGGCAUGGGUAGGAAAGGAGAGGAACAUCAGGAAUAGAUCCUCAUUGCCUGGAUCAAAGCUACCAUACCCUGGAGUGGGGGAUGGUCACUUUGGGGGAGGGGAAAGUCAAUAGUUCACUUUGCAUAAGUUGAGUUUGAGGGACUCUUGAGACAUCUUGGGAGAGAUGUCUUGUAGCUGGUUGUGUUUAUGAGUUUGAUCUCAGAAGAGACCUGGAGAAUUUGUGAAUCAUUCGUUGGUAAUUAAAGCUAUGAGCAAGUGAAGUCACUUAAAAGAGUAUAGUAGAGAACUUUAAAACUGCUGUCAUGACUAGACAACUCACCACUCUCCACCCAGGCCCAUGCUCAGCUCUGCCAAAUGGGCACUGGCACAUGGACUGGGAUAUGAGAAAUCCUGGAUUGUAUAGUUUGUUGAAGCGUGCACAGCCUGGCUUUCCUAAUGUCUCCACUCCCAUUCCCCCACCCCCAGGCCUCUUCAGGGCUUUCUCUGUCACCUACUGAAUGGAGCCGGAACUCAACCUAAAGUUCAAAGUCCUCCCCAGGCAGACCAAAUCUAUCCCUUCAAUCUUGGUGCAGACUGCUUCCAGCACAAACUAUCUACUUGAAUCAAACAACUUGUCACCCACUCCCUCUGCCCUGCAGCUUCCUGUCUCUGCUCCCUGGCUCAAGCUGUUCCCUGGAAUCUCACUCUCCAUCUCUCUCCUAAUCACAGGCUGUUCUCCAACCUUCUGGGGUCCAGAUCAAAGCCGGUUGCUUUCCUAAAGCUUCCCAAGCCCCAUAAGGACUAGAACACUCCCCUUCCAGAGGCACUCCCUUGUGCGGGGUCCUGGCAGCCUGCCGAACAUUGCUGAGCCAUCUCCACACUCCUCUGACAGAAUGAGUGCCCUCGAUGGUGUCCCCUUCAAGGUACCCAAGGGUUUUGUGAUCAGCACAGAGCCUCUCCCUGCACCAGAGUUCAGUAUCCCUGCCUGCAGGGAGCUUCUGCUGGGUUCUGUGCAUGACUUCAGCCUGGAAAGGAACACUCUUUUCUGGGUGGAGGCUGCCAUCCGAGGACCCUGCUCGUACCAGUGCAAUGAUCUGAGGACUGUGUCAGCCCCUCCGGCCUGGCUCUUGCUGGUCAGUCCCGAAAGUGGGCUGGCAUUUGCGCCUGGCACAGCCAGAGACGAAGAGGAUGGACCCCAGGAGCCGCUCGAGGAAGAGGAGAACGAGGAAGAAAGCUUCUCUGCCAGCGAGGAAGAGCUGGACUCCAGCAGCCCGCAGCCCGGUUCUCUAGGGCGCCCUGGCUCCAGCCAUGGCCUGCGCUCCCUGGAUGUGCUGCGCAGCGUGAGGUCCGAGCUGGCUGGGGCGCGGCGGCGGCUCUCUGAGAGCAGGUUGGCUGCCUGUCCCCGCGCGCUCCUGCACCGCUUUCGCGGUCACCGGGCGCUGAGCCUGUGCCCCUCACCGCCACCCGGGCCUGCACCCCAGCUCCCCAACGUCCCUGCACCCCAGCCCCCCAACGCCCCCGCGCUGCCCCCACGGCCCUCGACAGCUGGCUCCAUGCCCCCACUGCGGAGCCACAAGCCCACUGUUGCGUCUCUCAGUCCGUACACCUGCCUGCCACCCCUGAGGGGAACACCCCAGCCUCUCAACUCCCAUAGAUCGCACCCUGAUUCUACAGCUGACCUGCUGUCUGCACUGAGCCAGGAGGAGCAGGACCUCAUAGGGCCAGUGAUUGCCCUGGGAUAUCCCCUGGGAAGGGCCAUUGAGGCUCUACAGAAGACAGGGAGACAGAGCCUGAGCCAGUUUCUCAGCUACCUCGGUGCCCAUGAAAGGCUUCUGCAGCAGGGCUACGAGGAGGCCCUGGUGGACGAGGCCAUGGAGAUGUUCCAGUUCUCUGAGAGCCAGGCCGGGGAAUUCCUACGCCUCUGGGAGCAGUUCAGCGACAUGGGCUUCCAGCCACACCGGAUCAAGGAGGUGCUGCUUGUCCAUGGCAACCAUCACGAUCAAGCCCUAGAGGAGCUGGUGGCCUGUGCCCAGUGACCGCUGAGGCAUUCUGCAAGGCCUGGGCAACCCCGUCCAGCCUGUUACGAAAACCUAACAAGACUAAGGAAGCCGUGCAUUCUCAUUGUGUAAACAAUGCCAAGGGUGGGAGUUGAAAGCAUUGCCCCCUUGCCUCCUGGAAGGGGCAGAGGGGAGAGGGUGGGCAAGGAAUCAUGUUUUUCAUAUUUGUAUUUGACUCUUCAAACUAUGUGCAUUAAUCACUUUGACUUUGAGAAAAUUAAAACAAAUAAAUCAUGGCA